UAUUUUUUUAUUUAUUAGACUCCUGAUUUUGUUAACAUUAAAUAAAACUGAUGUUAGAUUGUAUAUCACAAGACUACCAUGUAUGUUCUAUGCAAGUUUUACAUUAACACCGAACAAAUAUAUUGAAGGAAGCAUUAAUACAACGUUUAUCGUCAGUAGUAUUGAUGAUUGUGGUACGCAUUGUGUUCGAAGUCCUUCAUGCGAAUUCGCGAAUUUCAAUGCCAAUGAAAAAACGUGUCAGAUAAUGUCUUCAAGUGGAAACCUUAGCAAAAGUAUAACUAGACAACAAUGGCAAGUUUUGCUAACUGAUAGUACCAAUGACAAAUAUGUGGGGCCAUUAUGUGAAAAUAAUACACCUUGCAACAACAUGUUUUGUAGAGAUACGUGCAUAAUAUUAAAUGGAGAGUUAGCCCACAGUUAUUUUUGCUCCGACGAAAAUAAAGUUUCAAAAUACGCUACUCCUUCUAAUUCAAAGACUUGGAGUACUUAUGUUCCUAAAAACCUUAUUGAUUCCGAUUAUUCAAGUAUUUGUGACUCUAUCUUUAAUAACGGCAUUGAAGCUUGGGUAAAAUUAGAUUUGAAGCAAAUAUUCCAAAUAACCACAGUUAUAGUUUAUGCUGAUGAUCGAACUAGUAACUCUCUCAAACGACUUUCUGGUUGCAAAGUUCAAUCAAGCUACUAUGAUACGGAAUAUCAAUCAUUUGCAAUCUUAAAUGGUUUAGCGAUUGAAAAAUUUGUUUGGAAUGGUAGUUUGCGAUACUUACGAAUAAUUCAAAUUUCGAGUAUGGGAUUAAGCUUUAGAGAGAUAACUAUUUGGUCAUAAUUUUUUAUAUACAUUAUUAAUAGUUUACAAUCAUAAACUUUAUAGUUUUAUUUGAGACAGUUAUUGAUUAAAUAGGUUAACUAGUUAUUAAAAUGUUUUUAAUUAGGUGAAAAUAGAUUACGAUUUAAAUAU